AUGAAGGCAUACUGGUACGACAACAAGCCGGGCGACCAACGCGAGCCGCAUGACUCUGGCCGCGCUGUCUCUGAGGAUACACUCGCCUCACUCGGCGUUCUGUACCACCACUGCCCAACCAUUGAAGCCGUCGAUAGCAUUGCCUCGGCGCGGGGUUACAAGAAUCGCGAUCAAGUCUGCGUCUCCCCACAGACUAUGGGCGAUGUUUACGAGGAGAAGGUGAAGAUGUUCUUCGCAGAGCAUCUGCACGAGGAUGAAGAGAUCCGUUACAUCUUGGACGGUGAGGGCUACUUUGACGUUCGCGGCCAGGAGGACGAGUGGAUUCGCAUCUGUCUGUCCAAAGACGACAUGAUUAUUUUGCCUGCUGGUAUCUACCACCGAUUUACGACCAACGAGCAGAACUAUGUCAAAGCAAUGCGUCUCUUCCAGGACGAGCCCAAGUGGACUCCGUUGAACCGUGGUGCUGAGGUUGACGCCAACCAGCAUCGCAGGGUCUAUGUGGAGACUGUUUUGAAGCCAACCGCAACUGUAAACUAA